AUGGCGAAUACGCCGGAGAUGGUAAAAUUAGCGAUCGAGCUGAAGCCUGAUUUUGUUUGUUUAGUGCCCGAGAAGAGAGAAGAGAUUUCAACCGAAGGGGGAUUGGACGUGAUCGGCCACCUCAAUAGCCUGCGCUCCACCGUGGAGCAGCUGCAAGAGGCUGGCAUCCGUGUGAGCCUUUUCAUUGAUCCUGAUGAGGCUCAGAUUGCGGCGGCGGCAGAAAUUGGCGCUGAGAUGAUCGAGCUCCAUACGGGGUGUUAUGCUAAUUGCUUGAACGAGGAUGAGCGUAAAAUAGAAAUUCACAGGUUAUUCACAGCGUCCCAGUUUGGUCUUGAGAAAGGAUUGCAAGUCAAUGCUGGUCACGGCCUUAAUAGUCAGAACCUUAAGGAGUUUUUACACGUAAAAAACUUAACAGAGUUAAAUAUUGGUCAUCAUCUUGUUUCAAGGGCUUUGACCGUGGGUUUAGAGCAGGCGGUGAGGGAAAUGAAAGAGCAGAUGGAGAGCUACGAUAAAGGAUCAUGA